AUGUAUGCGGCCCCGGGACAGAGGCGCUGGCCUCGGUCCUCCCCCGUCCGGGACACCACCCACCUGGAGCUGCUCGUGGUGGUGGCGCCCGACGUCCAGCACGCACACAAGCAGGACACAGAGCGCUACAUCCUCACCAACCUCAACAUCGCCUCUGAGCUGCUGAGGGACCGGACCCUAGGGGCCAACAUGAGGGUGCACCUGGUGCGCAUGAUCAUCCUCUCUGAACCAGAGCCCGAGGUCCAGAUGUCCUCGGACAUCUCCGCUUCUCUGAGGAGCGUGUGCGACUGGGGCCGGAAGAUCAACCCCCUCAACGACACCGACUCCCUACACGCCGACCUGCUGCUGUACAUCACGCGGUACGACCUGGUCCUGCCUGACGGGAACAAGCAGGUGAGGGGCGUUACCCAGCUGGGCGGAGCCUGUUCCAGCGACUGGAGCUGCGUGAUCACAGAGGACACAGGCUUUGAUCUGGGCAUCACCAUCGCACACGAAAUCAGUCAUAGUUUUGGGGUGAACCACGACGGUGUGGGGAACACCUGCAGCAGGAGCGGCUUCAUGAUGGCGUCUGACGGGGGCUACAACAGCGUGGACCUCACCUGGUCCGCCUGCAGCCGGCAGCAGCUGCUGGCCUUCUUCAGGGAAGGAAAGGCCCAAUGUGUGAACGAUCCUCCAGCACUGGGAAACUCUCUGCAAGACUGGAAGCCGGGCCUGUACUACGGCGUGGACGACCAGUGUAGGAUCGCCUUCGGCAACGGGGCCAGAGCCUGCUCCUUCUCCAACCCUGACCAGCCCCCGUGUCGCGUCCUAUCCUGUCACGUCCAUGUUGGCGACCAGAGCUCCUGCAAACGCCUGCUGGUUCCUCUGCUGGACGGAACUGAGUGUGGACCGAAGCAGUGGUGCCUGAAGGGCCGCUGCGUGGCCCCCGACGAGCUCAGCUCCUCGGUGGUCCACGGGUCAUGGUCCAGCUGGUCCGAGUUCUCCCCCUGCUCCCGCAUGUGCGGCGGGGGCGUCAGCCAUCGCACACGAGACUGCAACAACCCCAGACCUGCGUUCGGGGGGAAGGAGUGUGAGGGCCCGGACGUGGAGGCUGACCUCUGUCACCGGCGGCGGCCGUGUGCUGGCACCCAGCUGGGCUUCAUGGCCCAGCAGUGCUCCCAGACGGACCCCCAGCCCCUCGCCCUGCUGCCCAACCCUGCCUCCCUCUACACCUGGCUCCCCGCCGUUGGAUUCAUCACAGGGGAUGAGCAGUGCCGCCUCAUGUGCCAGUCAGAAGGGGAGAACUUCAUCGUGAGCCGAGGGUCCCAGUUCACAGACGGAACGCGAUGUGAGAGCAUCACGCCCGCUCCCUUCGGAUCCACGGCGGCUUGUCUCAGAGGAAAGUGUCAGCUGUUUGGCUGUGAUGGAGUGUUGCAUUCUGGGAAACUCCAUGACGUCUGCGGAGUGUGCGGGGGAGAUGGCUCGUCCUGCCGUCUAACUGCUGGCUCGUACAGAGCGGGUCAGGCCAGAGAGUAUGUGACCUUUCUUUCACUGCCCGUGAAUGCAACGCAGGUGCUUAUUGUGAACAGCGCGCCAGUCUUCACCCAUAUGGCUGUGAUGGUGGGAGAUCGCUACGUGGUGUCGGGGACAGGCAAAAUGUCACUCAACACCACAAACCCCUCGCCGCUAGAUGACGGCCACUUGGAGUUCCUCAUCUAUUUGACCCCUGACCUUCUGCCCGAGAGGGAGGAGCUGCUUCUUCCAGGGCCAAUAGAACAGGAGACUCACAUACAGGUCUAUCGUAAAUAUGGAAAAGAAUAUGGGGAGAAAACCAACCCAAACAUAAGCUACCGGUUCUACCUGCCAAUCAGAAAUGAGGAUUUGAAGGAAACCAAACCCCUGGGAGAGUGGUCCGUCUCCAAGACCCCCUGCUCUGUCACAUGUGGCUCGGGCACGCAGCAGAGCUUGUUUGUCUGUGUAGAUGAAAGCACCAAGGAGCCUCUAGAGGAGAUCCAGUGUGCUCCUCUCCAUUCAUCUGCACCUCCUCAAACACCCUGCAAUCUCCCUGCCUGUCCACCGAGGUGGGAGGCGGGGACGUUUGGCCCCUGCAGCGCCUCCUGUGGUGGGGGUAGCAGAGUGCGCCCUGUGAGGUGUGUGCGAACACAGGGAGGAGCCGUUGCGGAUGUCCCGGUCACUGAAUGUCUGUCUGAUUCAGCACCACACGCUUCUGAGGCAUGCAGCCCUCAACCAUGCCCUGCCAGAUGGCUGGUGUCAGAGCCAGGACUCUGCUCGGCGGUGUGUGGGCCAGGGUCGGCCCAGCGGAACGUGUCCUGCGUGCGUCCGGAGGAAGGUCAGGAGGUGGCCGUUGAUCAUGUCCUCUGUCAGCAGCAGGUCAAGCCCUCGGACCUGGUGCCCUGCGUGGUGGACGUGUGUCCUGUGGGCUGGGACCGAGAGAGGAAGGAGGUGAAGGGCUCUGGUUUGAUGCCGCGCUCUACCCAGGUUCCUGUGUAUGUGUGGAGCCCCGUGGUUGGUCAGUGCUCCAGGAGCUGUGGCAACGGAACCCAGCCGCUGUGGUUCUCCUGCGUGGACCACCGGACCACACAGGGGGUGCCUGAGCUGCACUGUGAGGGCUCCAGCAAACCGCCACCUUACUUUGAGGUGUGCAACACCGCCCCCUGCCCUCCAGUGUGGCGCUCCAAGCCAGGUGUUUGCAGUACGACCUGCGGCGGGGGCUUGGCCAACAGGGUGCUGUACUGCACCCGGGCCUCGGACAUGGGUGUAGAGGAGGAGAUCGUCGAGGACGGGGACUGUGCAGCCUCUACCAGGCCCCCUGCGGUGGUGCCCUGUAACACACACAGCUGCCCUGCAAGGUGGAAGGUGUUGGGUACCCAGUCCUGCUCGGUGACGUGUAACCUGGGCGUGGCCCUCCGGACCGUGACCUGCGUGCAGUUCGUCCACGGCAGGGAGAGCGCCGUCCCCGAGGUGCACUGCCACGCGGCGGUCAGACCUGCCACAACAGUGCCCUGCCUGGUCCAGCUGUGCACCUUCAGGUGGGAGGUCCAGGAGUGGAGCCAGUGCACGGUGUCCUGUGGGUACGGCAUCCAGUCCCGUGGGGUGUCCUGCAUGGGCCCCUCCAGCCCGGUGCCCCUGACCCCUCUGCUCUGCAUGCACAUGCCCAAGCCCAUUACUAUCCGAGGCUGCGACACAGGGGCCUGCCCUGCCCGCUCGAAGCUCACCUCCACCCCUUCAGCCUUCGCCAGCACAGCCGCUACUACCUCAAUCGCUGGCCAGGCCCCUCCCAGGACGGAGGAUCCUCUCAGUAUAGAGGCCCCUCCCAGUGUAGAGGCCCCUCCCAGGACAGAGGCUCCUCCCACUACAGAGGCCCCUCUCAUGUCUCUCUCUCCAAGUAGGACGACGGCGCCGCCCAACGCCACCGCUGCACCCGCCGCCACGCAGCUGACCAGUGUAUGCGGGCAGUUACUGCUGGAGGAAUCCGGCACGCUGGACUUGCGGCAUGCGGUCGGAGGCUGCAUCGUGUCCAUCGGCCGGCCCCUGGAUGAGGUCAUCCACAUCCAUGUAGAGUCUGCGGCGUUGAGUUGCCAAAACAGGGAAUUUGUGCUCUUCUUCGACCGUCUGGCCUUGGUGAAGAAGUGUGGGCAUAUGCAGGGCCUCGAGCUGACCACCAGGGGCAAUGUGCUGCUGCUGCGGCAGAUCCUGAUGAGCGUCGGGAAAGGAGCUCUGCUCUCGUACACCUCCCGCAAGAACACCAAGCGGAGCCACCACCAGGACUGUGACGUCCAGCUGUUCUCCUCCAGCGGGGUCUUCCAGAACCCCACAACGUCCAGCACUAACCACACCUGCCGGGUGCUCAUCAACGGACCACCCUCGGCGAAGAUCCAGAUCCAGGCCCUUAACAUCAGCCCUCAGCUCCUCGCCAGCGACACCCAGACCACCUACAUCACGAUCCAGGACAUUAACGUACUGAGGACCACCGUGUUUAAGGGUCCUCAGCUCUUCCUCUGGCGUUCCUCAGGGAACAUGGCCGAGGUGGAGUUCAACGGAGACUAUCUGCACACCACAGGAAGCUUCAAGGCCGAAUAUACGUUUGUGUGACUUUUAUACCAGCUGUGAAGAAAAACAAUAGUUUUUUGUGUAUUUUUGGAGCUUUAAAUUUCUCAAUACUUCAAGUUUUGUGACUUGCAACAUAAGAGGGUACUUGUGAGAGAUUCAAUGAACGGAUCGGUUAUUUUUUUAUGACCACGCACAUUUCUUCAACAUUUAUUGCUUAAUGUCAGAAGCAAAACAAUCUCAUGUUACAUUCAGAAGCACAGUCUGUUCAGCACUGAAAUAGUCAAUCUAUUUUCUGCACAGAAAAACAACAAUAAGUAAUCUAUAUAUAUAUUUAUCUGUUACCUCUGUUUUAUUAACACUCAAUCUAAAUAUAAAUAUCAAUAAGAAAAUAAGCUCUAUUGUCAUCAUCUUUUUCUAUAAUUAACGCAGUGCAUUUUUGCGGGUGUGAAUGGGGGGUAAUAGAACCGUAGACCCCCUCCAUAACAAAGUGCCCUGGUUUCACCCUCCUCAGGGGAAACACUUCACUCUUCCCUGCAGUCCCCAUACCCCGUUCCCACCAGCGGCAGCAGGUCUAGAAGUUAA